GUUUUUAACCUUUAGGUAAUUCAUAGGCAUUUGCCCGAGACAGGUUACUUGAGACGAGUCAUUGUCAUAAUUUAAAGUGAAUUCAUCAUCGCAAAUACCGGAAUAUAGGGCAGCGCAAAUCACUUAAUGUUAUGAAGAAACAUCUAAACAAGGACAUGCGAAGAUGCGAAGCAUCUCUGUGCUUGUAUUUUUCUCCAGUAACACGACCUUUUAGAGAACUUACUGCUUGCUUAACGUGAGUGAAGCAGUAACCUGGAGAGGAUAUGCAGGGUUGGCCAUGGACCAGGUCACCAUGCGAAGUGACACAGUGCUCUCGGAUGUGCACCUCUUGCUACCAAAUGCUCGUCACCUCAUGACUCGACUAAAUAGUGCAGGACAAGCAGUCUUUGUGUCGAAGUUCAGGAUCCUGGGUGUGGAAGAAGAGCAAGUGGAGGCGCACUGGGGGCGUUCUCCCAAAGAUGAGGCGACAAUUGAGCACCCCCUCCUCGAUGAUGAUGGGGACCUGGAUGUGGAACGGAGGCCCAUGGAUGUGGCAUCUGACCGAGACAGCGUUCACCCCGUCAUCCUCAGCUUGGCUGCAGAGGUGAAAAGUAAUGAAGACGAUGUGGAUGAAGAAAGCAGCAUAAAGAAUGUCAUUCGUGUCGAGCACACGAUGGCCACACCGCUGGAGGAUGUUGGAAAGCAAGUUUGGCGGGGAGCUUUGCUGUUGUCUGACUUCAUCCUCUCACAGCAUGCCGUGUUUCAGGGAGCAACUGUUCUUGAGCUGGGAGCAGGAACCGGCCUUACCAGCAUUGUCAUGGCCAGCGUCGCCAAAAUGGUGUACUGCACAGAUGCUGGUGAAGACCUCCUCAGCAUGUGUCAGAGAAACGUGUCUCUGAACAAGCACUUUAUUGGUCCUGCAGCUGAACAUGGUUUGAAGGUGCGGCAGCUCGACUGGACCACUGAUGAUUUCCCCUCUGAUGUGGACUCUGAGUUCGGCUGGAGCGAGGAUGAGGUGGUGCAACUUCACGACAACGCCAGGUUUUUGAUCGCAGCAGAUGUUUGCUAUGAUGAUGACCUUACUGAUGCCCUGUUCCGAACCCUAUACCAAAUUACCAGCAACCUUCACAACCCCAGCACAACCUACUUCUGCUUAGAGAAAAGGUUGAACUUCACCCUGCGCCACCUGGACGUGUCCUGUGAGGCCUACGACCACUUCCGCCACUGCCUCGAUCAGCUGGCGUCCCUGAGCAAUGGGAGGAUGCGGUUCACUGUGACACCGGUUCUCUGUUCCUUUCCCCAGUUCUUCGAGUACGAGCGUGUAGACCAGCUGGAACUUUGGAAAGUGUCCGCUUCCCCCCUUUAAACUUCAUGCAUCUCAGCCUCCUUACAAAAUCAAGAGCCUCUCUUGGACAGAAGGCAGAAUCCAAGGCCACCGUUCUGGAGUCAGGAUCCUGUAUUUGUGCUCAGCCUUGGGCAGCUAUGAGAAUGCAUAAUCGAAAGUGUGCAGUUGAAAGAUGUGUAUUGGUGUAGACGUUGUGUAGGAUUUUAGCAUGUUAUAGUGGUCAGUGCUGUGCUCCAGCACUGCUUAUGAAAACAUGUAUCUUUAUGUUUAUCUGACAUAAAUGUUUCAGUUUUUAUGUCAGCUUUUAUCUAACCUAAAAAUUCAUUUAUCUAAAUCAUGUGUGAUUGUGGAAAAGUCA